AUGUAUAUAAACCGAAAUCCAAAUAUUAAUAAUAACAAAAGGUAUGAUGCUUUGAAAUAUGAAGAUGAAAAGGAAACAUUCGUAGAUAAACCUAAAUAUAUUAAUGUUUCAUAUCAUAUAAGAAAGUUAUUUAGUUAUUGUGAUGCAGAUAUAUUAAGAAUUGAAAAUAAUUUAAUUAUAUAUAAUAGUAUAAUUGAUAAUAUAAAAAAAAAUGGAAAUAGGUUAAUAAAAAAAGAAAUCGAAAAAAUAAUACGAGAAAAAGAGGAAAAUAAAAAUUAUUGUUUAAAAGAUGAAAUGAAAGAAGAAUACAAAAUUAAUAAUUUCGAUUUAAAAAAAGUAGAACUCGAUUUUAAAUUUAUUGAAUGCAGUUUAUGUUUUGAAUUGAUUAAAAUUAUAUGUAUUCAAGAAUGUAAUCAUACAUAUUGUUUUUUAUGUUUUUAUCGACUAUUAUAUAUGCAAAUCAAAGAAAAUAAUUAUGAAAAUAAUGAUAGUUCUAAUAAUAAUAAUAAUAAUAAUAAUGUAACAGGGCAAAAUGCUCUAAAUAAUGUUAGAAAUAAUAACCAUAUUAAUUCAAGAAGUUAUUCCUACAGGGAUCGGGGUGGGAACCUAAAUUAUGAUGAGUCUUAUCAUCAAAAUAGCAGAACAAAUGAUACAAGGAAAAAUAUAAAAAAUGACAAAUUUAAUUAUGCAUUUGAUAAAGAAAAAAUGAAAUGCCCUUUUUGUAAAGAAAGAAAUGAAUAUAUAUUUUUUUGUCUAAACAAUUUUUAUACAUAUUUUACGUACAAUAAUUUGCUUCAGACCUUGUUAGAACAUGAUGAAGUAGAUAUGCUAGGGGGAUAUGAUGAAGAUAAUAAUAUGAACGAAUCUGAAAUAAUGGUAAAACAACUUAAAUUUAGUGGAAGCUUUGAAAAUGAUCGAAUAUAUGAUAAAAGGGAAUCAAUAAAUAAUAUAAACAUUGAAAUGGAUGAACAAAAUACUAUAAAUAAAUAUAGUGUUGAUAUAUGUAAAGAAAUUGAAGAUGUUGAAGAAAUAGAAAAAUUAACAUCAAAAAAUUAUAAUGAUAUGCAAAAAGAGCAAGCCAAUUUGUUAGAAAAAAAUAAAUUAAAAAAAAUAUUUUCAUCAGAUUAUGAUGAUAUUAUUAUUUUAAGAAAUAUAUUAAAAAAAUAUCCCAAUUCAAAUGAAGAUACGAUAAAAAAUACAAAAAAGGGGGAAAAUAUGUAUUUGUUUAAUUAUUAUGAAAAAUAUAUAAAAAGGAAAAAAUAUAAAACAAAAUAUAUUCUUAAUGGCUGUGCUAAUUCUUUAAAACGAUAUGCAUUUUUCUCAAAAAUAUUUGUAGACACAGAAAAAAAAAUAUUUUAUGAAUAUUAUUAUAUAUAUAGUUUAUCGACGCUUUUAACAAGUUAUGUGUGCUUGUUAACUCCUUGUAUUGAUUAUUGGGUAAAAGUUCAAAAUAAGAAAGUCGAAAAAUUUAAAUUAAAUAAUAAUAAUAAAAUAAAUAAAUAUUUUGAAUAUAUAUAUAUACAUAAUAAACAAAAUUUAUUACGUAAAAAAAAUGAUUCGAUAUAUGAUAAAUAUCAUCAAUAUACUAGAAAUGAUCAUCAUAUAAGUGAGCUUGAGUCGGAGUCGACUGAUCAUUAUUUUAAUGUUAUAGAUAUAUUUUAUAAAACGUGUUUUACAAAUUUAGAUAAUAUAACAAAUUUAAAGCAUUUAAAUAAAUACUGUUAUAACAGAUUAAGUGAUUUAUGUAAGCAUUUAUCAGAACAUAAAAAAACAUAUUGUGAUAUAUGUGUAGGAAAUAAUGAUAAUAAUUUCUUAUUUGAAUACAAUAUCUUUUUAAAAAAACAUGUUAAAGCCCAUAUUGAAUAUGGAGAACAAAUUUCAGAAAAUAAAUAUAAAAUAAGACAUAUAUAUUGUCAUAUAUGUUCUUAUUAUUUAUACGAUUUUGAUACAUAUAUGAGUCACAUAAAUAAAUAUCAUUUUUUUUGUAAAUUUUGUUUUAAUAAAAAAAAUCCUGAAAUUAAAGGACUAGAGAAAAAUGAUAUUGAUGAUAUUGUCUAUUAUGAUCAGCUUCACCUUCACGUUUACAAGGAUUACGAUAAUAUAUUCGCACACUAUAAAAAAAAACACCACCCUUGCCUGUACGAACAAUGUAUAUUUGUUGUUUUUGACAACAAAAUGGAUUUAUGUCUUCAUUUAGCAGAAAAACAUGAAGAAAGGGGAAGUAGCAAACGAAACAAAAUAGCCUUUUCCAUAGGUGGGGCAUCUUAUAAUGAAAUACGAAAUAAUGCAAAUAAUAAUAGGAACAAUACAUAUAGUUAUCGAAAUGAUUAUGGGAAUAACAUUAAUGCUAUUCAGGUAAAUAAUGAAAAAACGAAUUCGAAUAUAUGUGAAAAUGAAGAAGAUAAAAACAGAGAAAAAAUCGAUAUAAAUAACUAUAAAUGUAUUUAUGAUUUUAAAAAUUUUUCUGAUUCGUGGUAUUUUGAAUAUUUUAUUGAAAUAAAAAUGAUAAAUUUUGUAGAAUAUUUUAAAAAUAAGAAAACGAUUUUUUUACAUAUUAUAAAAAAAGAUUUAGAAUUUAUUGAAAAUAUUUUAGGCAUUCUAACAAAAAAAAAUGCUGAUUUUUAUAUAUCAAAUGAAGAAAUAAUUAAUAUAACAAAAAGUGUUAUAGAUACAGAUUUUGGAAUAGAACAAAAAAAAAAUAAUUUUUUUAUUUUUAAAAUAUUUUUUGAUGGCAUAAUAGAAAAAAUUGAUUAUUUAUUAUAUAAUAAAGAAGAUUUAGAAAAACAUUAUUUAAAUUUAUUUUUUAAUAUUAUUAUAUAUAGAUCUUUUAUAUUAUAUUAUUCAUUCUUUUUUAUGCACUUAAGCGAAAAAAAAACAACACUAGGGAAAAUUAAUAACAAUACAAAUAGUAGCAAAACCAAGAAAAAUGUUAACAAUUCAAAUGAAAAGAGAGAAAAAAAUGAUUCUAUAUAUAAUUAUAAUAAUAAUAAAAGCAUGGCUAAUUUACGACACAAAUUUGAAGAUGCUACAAAAAGUAAUAUUAACGAAUUAAGUAAAUAUGGGUUUUUAUAUUUAACUUUUUUGUUUUUUAAAAUUGAAAAUAAUGUAUUAGAAAACAUACACAGUAAUAUAAAGGGUAUAUAUACCUUAUGUAAUAAUACAUGGAAAGAUAUCGAAGCUGUUAAUAAACGAAUUACAUUAGCAUGCGAAAAUGAUACUAAUGCCAUAGAUGGGAAAAGUAAAAAUAAUGAUAAUCCAUUAAUUAUUAGUGGAAAUAAAAAGAGUAACAAUAUCACAUCAAUAAAAUUUAAUAAUGAAAAAAAUAAUACUAAUGUAAAAGGAAAGGAAAUUGUGAGUUCCCUUUUUGAUGUUAUAAAUUCUAAAAAUAAUUUAAUGGAACUCGAAAAUAUUUACAAUUUAAUAAAAAAAUGUUUUAAAAACAAAAAUCCAAAUAAUAAUAUAAUAAACCAUAUUUAUGACCAAAAAUGGGAUAUUUGCAAAAAAGUUUCUUUUGAUAUGCUAUAUUGUAUAGAACCACAUUUAAAUUUAGUUUCUUUUUUUUAUUUAUUUAUAAGCAAUUAUUUAUCAGCAUAUCAAAAAGAUUCAUGUGUUAAUAAAUUUGUAAAUAUAUCCAAUGAAAAUAAAAAAAACAUACUAAAAAAAAUUGCACUUGAUGUAGAUUUAGCAUCACUAACUACUAUAUCAAAAGAUCUUAGCAAUUUUGUAAAUGCGCGAGCAUUAGAAGAAUGUUUAUCAACAGGACCAGAAUAUUACAGAAUCAGAAAAGAUAUAGAAUUUAUAUUAAGGAAUAGGAAUACAAAUAAUAUUGUAAACAAUGGUAGUAACCAUAAUAGAUUUUCAAACACAUAUAGAGGAUCAGAAAAAUACAAAAAUAUAGAAGAUCAAAAAGUAAAUUCAAAUUUAUAUGAUAUAUCAUUAUCUUUAAGAAAUCGUUUUUUAAAUAUUAUUAAAAGCUCAAAAAUUAACGAACUAUAUUAUAUAUAUUUUUAUGUUUCUUCUAUUAUUAAUACAACAAAUACUAAUAAAAAUAAUGAUGUAAAUAAAAAUGAAGAUUUUCCAUCUUUAGCCUCUAAUAAUAUUAAUGAUCGAACUUCUAAUAUCGCUACUAUAUCUCGUUUUAGUGUAAUCAACUCAAAUAAUACAAAUCUCAGGGCCAAUCAUACUAGAAAUAAUAAUAAUUCCAAUUUAAGCAAUGAAGAUAUAAAUAUUAAUUCUUAUAAGUAUAAGGUUGAAAAUAAUAAGAAUAAAUCAUUGAGCUCAAAAGGUGAUGCCCUUAAUGCAGAAUACCCUCCUUUGCCAAAACAAAAAACUGAUGAAGAUAAUUUCUCUUUUUUAAUAAGCAAAAAUAAUAAAACAAAACCUAAGGAUAGUAAAUCUGAACUUUCAAAUAAAGAUAUCUCAUUGAAUUGGAAAAAAAACGGAUCGAAUACUUCAAAAUAUAAGGAAAAAGAGGAAGAAAAAAAAAAACAAAAAAAUAAUAAAAAAACUAAUAAUACAACCGCAGAUCAUACCAACACAAAUUUAUUGUCUUUAAUCCCCAAUAAAAUUGAAAAAUCAAAUAAAAAUGAAAAAAAUAAAGCUGAGAAAAAUGCUACUUCCAAUUAUUAUAAAUCGUUUAAUAUAGAUGAAUUUCCAGCCCCAGCUGAUGUCGUUGAUCAAAAGAAAUUACUCGAACAAAAACAAAAUAGCCAAAAAAAAAAAAAAAAUUACGAAAAUAAUAGCGACAGUAAACACUUUUAUUCAAGUGAUGAUAACACACUUAGUAACAGUAAAUCAUCACCAAAAAAAAAAAAAAAAAAUGUUAUUGUACCUGAAGGUAAUAUUACUUAUACUAUAAAAAAAAACAAUAAAGUCAAAUGUUGUAGUAUGUGUACUUAUGAAAACCCUUAUGAAAGGAAAAUAUGUGAGUUAUGUGAAAAUCCUUUGUGA